UUGACGUCGAUGAAAUCAGGUGACGAAUUGUUAAAAAGGGGUAAAUUAGACGCCACAUUAGAUUCUGACAAACGAUACGCGUAUUUUGAUGAACGCUUGGGCGUCACAGUUCGGUUGGAAAUAGACGGAAAUGAAAGUAAAUCAACUGUGGAAGAUUUGUUCAAUAGCUUAUUAGUUACCGUCAGUUUGAAUUACGUCGAUAGCGAGGAUGAGGGUAGCAAUCCAUUAAGACAGACACCACAGACUGCAUUCGGUCCGAUACCUGGUCCAGCCACACCAUCGCCGAUCCCAGAGGGGUCUGAGCAGUUCAGUAAAUCACAGGGUGUAUUUGUCUCUACAACUUUGUUUGAGGGAUCAGAGAAGUCACUUACCAAGGGAGAAGUCAAUUGGGUGUGCAACUGGAUCGUCAAUGUCGAUGCCGUCAGGGUUAGAAUGAACUUCAGCAAGCCGUCUGCUGCUUUAACAUCAACGAUAACGCUCAGAGACAAGCAAAACGAGUCGAAAAGUGUAGAAAGUACAGUAAAUUGCAAGAAUACCGAAGACGACGAUGAUAUCAUCGAUGAUUGGGAUAGUAUAGAUCUCCUGGAGGGCGUUUCUCCGUUACUCAGACUGCCAUCAAGUAGGUUAACUCAAACAUACCAAAAUGACGAUAUACCAUCACACAACAUCCCAGAGAAGACUCUGAAGAGAUCCUGCAGGAUUGUUAUACCCAUUUCAUCAGCUUUUAGUGUACGCAUGCGAGCUGUCAACAUUCCCUCCCUACUGCAUCGCCCAGAAGACGACAAGCCUCACCUCGUACUCGGACUAGAGCUUGAGAACUGCAUCAGAAACAACUUCAUGGUCACUGAUGUUGGUAUACGAAUGAAAGAGGCUAGUAUUGCUGAUGACAACGAUGAAUUAAUAGGACGUCGUCAUGAGCUCACACAAUCCGACCUUCCUGCGCAGUUGCAAGCAGGCGAGCAGCAUAAUUUGAUAUACAUUAUUGUGUUUAAACAGAAAGAAGUCCAACCGGUCGUUGAUAAAUCAAGACAAUCGAAAGAAUUCAACAGACCGCGGAGAUUUAACGUUAGAAUAAAUGUUCUGGCGCACACAGAAAAUGGAUCGGUGUUCGACAUGAAAUGGAACAGCUUUAUUGAUAUUUCGAAUGCCUUAGUAGAAGAUUGGAAGAAAUAUAACAACACAACUGAUACAGUAACAGCAAGACCAACAUCGAUGAACACCAAUAGUUCAAAACAUAUGUCUGGUCCAGUGGCUGGUAAUAGACGCUUCACGCUGACUAAUUUGCAACACGCAUCAGAAAUGGCGGCAGCUACUUCUCGUCAACAGCAACAGAUAUCUGAAGAAAGUGACAGUGAAUCAACAGAUAGCACAACUUCUAACCUUGGAUCUGUCGUUUCAUCGAAAGAGAAUGUAUUGGUCAGUGUAAGUGUACUGAAACCAACAAAGUCUAUAAAGUUGGCCCAAAGAUCACCAUCAAUCUUUAGCCCACAGAUAAACACACCAGCAAAGGAGAGCGCAGACUUGAUAAAAACGUUUGAUAUCUUUCCAGUAGAGUUAUUCUUAUUCAAUAAAAGUACACUUGCGAGGAGGUUUGUAGUAGCAUUUCCAAAUCACAAUCAAAUAAACAGUCGAAAUCAAUCGAUGUCAUUUGAGGAAAGGUUGCUGGACGACAUUCCUAACCCUAAUUGUGAUGCUGGUAUCAUUCCACUUGAAAACUUUGUACGUUUUGGUCCUCUCCAGCCAGGAAGCUGUCAGAGUGUCAAUGUCAAUUUCCUCGCACUACGGGAAGGGGUGCAUACAAUAGACCAACUAGAAUUGUACGAUCCGGAUACAGGAUUCAGCUCACGUUUGAAAAAUGUUUCAACCGUCGUUGUAAAGUAGCAGAAGAAGGUCAAAUGAAUAUAUUUGAAACCAAAUAGAGUGUUUGAACAAUAUAAUAUUAUUGACAUUGAAUGGUAUUACCAUGUAUUAUUGAUAGACGAAGUAAAGUACGCAAUUUUAGUAACGAAGUCGAAAUAAAUAAAUCUAAUCCAUAAGCGAGUUGAUUGAGAAUAGUGUAGUAUUCGAAAAACCACUGCUUAGCGUGUUGGGAUUGAGCUUUGGGCCAAUCAAUAUGGUCUGGAAGACGAACCUGGCAGAUCUGCGUAAUAUCUGGUGUCUAUCAAUAAACCAUCACCAUGGUAUUCGAAAUUAGGGGUAGAAAUACCAUCGAAGGAUCUGAAUGGUCUGUCACUGUUAUCUUGGCAGUAAUUACUACGAUUGUAGGGAUCGACCGAUGGAGGAGUGGUUAAAUUGAAACUGGUUGUAGUAGAGUAGAAGUUAUGGUUUUGUUUGUAUUCAUCAUGAUACGAAUUGUGUUCUUUACUAUAUCUCUCGGCUAUAGCAGCUGUGAGAUUGUCGUGAGCCGAGCUAGGAACCUGGUUCAACAUCGAGUUCUCGUAUGGACUACCUGAAGAAGAUAUGGAAGAUAUGUCUUGAUGCUCUUGUACCUCUGGUGGAGAGCCUUUACUCGUUGCACCUCUGCGCGUCUUAUAGCGAUAAUUCGGGUGGGCUCUCUGGUGGGCUUCUUUUUCCUGAUUUGCAAGGUCAAUAUAAGUCUGCUUCACUUCCGGUGGUACAGCUUUCCAUCUCUCUGAGGCAUAUCGUGACUCAUAUUUUAUGUCGCCCGACCAGGAUGGUAUGCUUUUCAACUGAUUAUGGAUGUCAUUUCUAAAUAUAAUCCACGAGCUAACAUGGACAUAAUUAGUUGAUUUAGUGUUGCUUCUUAUUCACUUACUUCCGAGGUCUAGAAACGUGGUUGUCUUUCGCUUUGCGCGAAUGCGAUGGCUUAGAAACAUCCUGCAAGUUUUCCAUUAAGCGUUCUGGUGGAUGGUCGAAUAUAGAAAAGAACCUCGCUGGACUUCUUAGUCACCUCUGGCAAUUAAUGUCUCUUACCUACCUUUGGUUCCAUCGUUUUCCAUGCUGAAAAGACCCCCACAGGAGUAAAUGUAUGAUGAUAUAAUUUAAAAUGACUGUCGGUCCAAGAAGACGUGAUAAUUGGCCGGGGCGGGAAUCAAUUUAAUUGAGGGUACUCUAGCACGGACGCAUGCUAAUUUUUCGGCAUAUUACGUGUCAAUCUGAUAGAAGAUAAAAACGUUUCAGAUGUUUUAGAUUGCCGAAUGAUGUAUCAUCAUGUCAGAGCCAAACCAGGUAUUUCAGACGUCUGGUUUGAUCGGUAGGGCGACGUUCCUGAUUGAAAAAGGGUCCUUAAUAUCAGCGAGAUAGCAAACCGGUUAAUAGUUUAAUGCAAGUGCAUAUUCCAACUUCUAAGUUAGAUCUGAAGAGGUUACAGGCUAUUCAACGUAAAAGCUUUUAAAAUAAACAUGAAGUGUAUGUGUAGUAAGGUCAUCCCAGCACAAAUCUCGACUGAGAGUGACCUCCUGGAUUUUACUUGAUCUUACAAGAGAUACAGAUUUGUAGUUUAAUCGAUGCAAGUCCACUUAAGCACUAUCUAAACUUCAAGCUGGAAUAUGAUCAUGCGACUGAGCGCAAGUGAAACACGUUAUGUCGCUAUAAUAUAUAAUCCAGGUAAUCCAGACAUAAUGGAUUG